GGCGUUGCUGUAGCGAGCGGUGCGGUUACCGGGCGCUGGGUCAGUGUGUGGGAAGUGCUGCAAUAUCUCACCGUCACUGCCACCGCCGCGGUCGAGCACCGACAUACAAUUUGCCGAGUCUCAUAGUUGUAUAGUUGAAGAUCAAAAAGGGAAAACCUGUCAAACCAACGUUAUAUCUAUCUACCGAAAGUCCUCGAUACAGAACGCGGAAAUAAGAAGUUACUAGUUUUCGCGCUGGUUUCAAGUAGUUUAGCAGUUGAUACGGAUUCUGCAGGUCAGCUGUAUUUAUUAGCACGUUGUUGUAUUCUUUAGCUAUAUCGUCGGUCUUGAAUAACGAUUGGGGGUGAUUCCCAAAUAUAAAGUAUUGCUAGAUGAUUAUGGAGAAGAAGAGGAUGGAUUGCCCCUCUCUGCCACCGGGUUGGAAAAAAGAAGAAGUGAUCCGGAAGUCAGGACUCAGUGCUGGCAAGUGUGAUGUCUAUUACUACAGUCCAAAAGGGAAGAAGUUCCGGAGCAAACCCCAGCUGUCGCGUUACCUAGGCAACACGGUAGACCUGGGAUGUUUCGACUUCCGAACAGGCAAAAUGAUGAUGCCCAGCAAGCUGCAGAAGAACAAACAGAGGAUACGGAAUGAGAACCUCACCAUCAACAAGGGUAAACCAGACCUGAACACAGCACUUCCUAUCAGACAGACAGCCUCCAUCUUUAAACAGCCCGUCACCAAAGUGGUGAACCACCCCAGCAACAAGGUGAAGACAGACCUGCAGAGAGCCACGGAGCAGCCCAGACAGCUGUUCUGGGAGAAGCGGUUGAAAGGCCUGCGGGUGUCAGCUAUCACAGAAGAGGUCCUAAGGAGCAUGGAGCUUCCCAAGGGUUUAACAAGCGUGGGGCCAGACACGUCAGACGAGACGCUCCUCUCGGCCAUCGCCAGCGCCCUCCACAUGAGCUCCUCCCCCAUCACGGGCCAGACGACCUCGGCUGCAGAGAAGAGCCCGGCUAUCUGGCUCAACACGUCGCAGCCCCUGUGUAAGGCCUUCAUAGUCACCGACCAGGACAUACGGGAACAGGAGCUAAAGGUGAUCCAGGCCCGCAGGACUCUGGAGGAUGCACUGACGGCAGAUGGGUUGGCGCGGACUGUCGAAUCCAGCAGAGACUCAGAGGAUGAAGCUGCAUAGACCAAACAUGGCAGGUUCCACAAUGCCCAAGACGAAGACAGUCAUCAGACACAGAGGCUACAUCCCAAAUGGCACCCUAAAUCCCUGGAUAAGUGAACUACUUUUGACCAACCCGCUAUGGCUCCUGUCAUAGGGAGUUACAUUAUAUAGGGAUUAGCAUGUUAUUAGAGACUCCUCCAGAGAUGGUCAUCACUCAGUCUGCUUCUGAAGACGAACGGACCCGUGCACAAUGUCAUACACCCCUUGAUACCUAACUCACCUAGCUUCAAACCAAGGCCUUUUUUUUCUCUUUUUUUUGGACUAAACUAUUGUUAAUGUAAAUAUCUAUAUAUAAUUUCAGAAGAAUGCUUAUUUUGUGUCAUAAUUUUUUUUUUAUAAAGGUGAAUAUUGAGCAAUACUAUUUGAACUUCUGGGAACUUUGUUGCAAUCUGCUGGAUUGGCAUUGCUAACUAUUUUAGGGAUUGGAUAUUAUUUUCAAGGUUUGUAACACAUGAUUCAUUUACAUGAACAUGAAUGGAAAAAAAACCCUCUUAUUUAAGACAAAUUUUAUACCUUUGAGAGAAAAAAUGUGUAAAUUUCUUGCAUCAUUGUUAGAGUAAAUAAAUCCUUAUAUUCACAA